AUGGACGCAAGAGGAGAUAACAUAGCUGACUCAUCAAAACCCACUCCUGAGAAGGGCUCCAAGAAAGGCGUGACCAAGGCUCCCGGCAAAGGAGGCAAGAAGAGGAAAAGCUCCAGGAAGGAGAGUUACUCUAUCUAUGUUUACAAGGUGCUAAAGCAGGUCCAGCCCAACAUCGGCAUCUCAUCCAAGGCCAUGGGCAUCAUGAACUCCUUCCUGAGUGACAUCUUUGAGCACAUUGCCAAGGCGUCUCGUUUGGCUCACUACAACAAGCGCUCCACCAUCACUUCUAAGAGGAUCCAGACCGCUGUGCAUCACCUGCUCCGCGGUGAGCUGGCCAAGCACGGUGUGUCCAAGGGCACCAAGGCCGUGACCAAGUACACCAGAUCCAAGUAA